CGGAAGCCGCCGUGGGACAGUUCCUGUCGGCGUGCUCAUUUGAACCAAAGGAACGGCUGCUAGGAAGGGGAGAAGAGCGGCCCAGUCCAGAAAAAUCCACCUUUCAACUCGACAUUGAUGGAGUGGCAGCCAGAUGAGCAGGGACUUCAGCAGGUCCUCCAACUGCUCAAAGACUCACAGUCGCCCAACACAGUCACGCAGAGAGCUGUCCAACAAAAACUUGAACAACUCAAUCAGUUUCCCGACUUCAACAAUUAUCUCAUCUUUGUCCUCACACGACUCAAGACUGAAGACGAGCCAACUCGCUCUCUGAGCGGUCUCAUCUUGAAGAACAAUGUUAAAGCCCACUACCAGAAUUUCCCCCCAGAAGUUGCUGUAUUCAUCAAGCAGGAAUGUCUCAACCACAUUGGUGACCCCUCACCACUCAUUCGUGCCACCAUUGGCAUCCUCAUCACCACUAUUGCCUCCAAAGGAGAGCUACAGACGUGGCCUGAACUACUGCCACAGCUCUGCAACUUGCUCAACUCGGAAGACUACAACACUUGCGAGGGCUCGUUUGGAGCACUGCAGAAGAUCUGCGAAGACUCGUCGGAGCUGUUGGACAGCGACGCUCUGGACAGGCCCCUGAACAUUAUGAUACCUAAAUUCCUGCAAUUCUUCAAGCACUGCAGCCCUAAGAUCAGGUCCCAUGCAAUUGCCUGUGUGAACCAGUUCAUCAUUGGCAGAGCUCAGGCCCUUAUGGACAACAUUGAUCCUUUCAUAGAGAGCUUAUUUGUGCUGGCAGCAGACGAGGACCCCGAGGUGCGAAAAAAUGUGUGCCGAGCCUUGGUCAUGUUAUUGGAGGUCCGCAUCGACCGCCUCAUCCCCCAUAUGCACAGUAUCAUCCAGUACAUGUUGCAGCGGACGCAGGAUCCAGAUGAAAAUGUGUCUCUUGAAGCCUGUGAGUUCUGGUUGACUCUAGCAGAGCAGCCCAUCUGUCAGGAGAUGCUGUCUGGACACUUAGUGCAACUGAUACCAAUCUUGGUAAAUGGGAUGAAGUACUCGGAGAUAGACAUCAUACUGUUGAAGGGUGAUGUGGAGGAGGAUGAGGCAGUACCAGACAGCGAUCAGGACAUCAAACCCCGUUUCCACAAGUCCCGCACUGUCACCUUGCAGCAUGGAGGAGGAGAGGGUGAGGACGGUGAAGACAUUGAAGAUGACGACGAUGAUGACGAUGACACUCUGUCAGACUGGAACCUGCGAAAGUGCUCAGCAGCAGCCCUGGAUGUGUUGGCUAAUGUGUUCCGUGACGAUCUGCUCCCACACCUCCUCCCACUUCUGAAAGAACUGCUCUUCAGCCCUGAGUGGGUCAUCAAGGAGUCUGGCAUCCUGGUGUUGGGGGCCAUAGCUGAGGGCUGCAUGCAGGGUAUGGUGCCCUACCUACCGGAGUUGAUGCCCCAUCUCAUCCAGUGUCUUUGCGACAAGAAGGCUCUUGUACGCUCCAUUGCCUGUUGGACCCUGAGUCGGUACGCACAUUGGGUGGUGUCCCAGCCCCCUGACUCCUGCCUCAAACCGCUAAUGACGGAGCUUCUGAAACGCAUCCUGGACAGCAACAAAAGAGUGCAAGAGGCUGCCUGCAGUGCAUUUGCCACAUUAGAAGAGGAGGCAUGCACAGAGCUGGUUCCAUACCUGAGCUUCAUCCUGGACACGCUGGUCUUUGCCUUUGGGAAAUACCAGCACAAAAAUCUCCUCAUUCUCUAUGAUGCCAUAGGAACUCUUGCAGAUUCAGUGGGUCACCACCUUAAUCAGCCUGAGUACAUUCAGAAGUUGAUGCCCCCUCUAAUUGCCAAAUGGAAUGAGCUGAAGGAUGAAGACAAGGAUCUUUUCCCGCUACUAGAGUGUCUGUCAUCGGUAGCCACCGCUCUGCAGAGUGGCUUUUUGCCUUACUGUGAGCCUGUUUAUCAGCGUUGUGUCACACUGGUCCAGAAGACAUUAGCUCAGGCUAUGAUGUAUAACCAGCAAUCAGACCAGUAUGAGGCUCCUGACAAGGAUUUUAUGAUUGUGGCUCUGGAUCUGCUGAGCGGCCUGGCCGAAGGUUUGGGGUCUAAUGUGGAGCAGCUAGUCGCCCGUUCCAACAUCAUGACCCUGCUUUUCCAGUGCAUGCAGGACACAAUGCCUGAAGUGAGGCAAAGCUCUUUUGCUCUGUUGGGUGAUCUAACCAAGGCCUGCUUUAUUCAUGUGAAGCCUUGUAUUGCUGAGUUCAUGCCCAUCUUGGGGCUCAACCUGAACCCAGAAUUUAUCUCCGUAUGCAACAACGCCACCUGGGCCAUCGGGGAGAUAGCCAUGCAAAUGGGUGCAGAGAUGCAGUCUUAUGUGGGCAUGGUCCUGCCUCAUCUAGUAGAAAUCAUAAACAGACCCAACACGCCCAAGACCCUGUUGGAAAACACAGCAAUUACAAUUGGCCGGUUGGGUUACAUCUGUCCUCAGGAAGUAGCACCACAGCUGCAGCAAUUCAUCAGACCAUGGUGCUCAUCAUUGAGAAACAUCAGAGAUAAUGAGGAGAAGGACUCAGCCUUUCGGGGAAUUUGUGUAAUGAUCGGCGUCAACCCUGGAGGAGUAGUACAGGAUUUUAUUUUCUUCUGUGAUGCCGUGGCUUCAUGGGUCAACCCAAAAGACGAUUUGAGAGACAUGUUUUAUAAGAUCCUUCAUGGCUUCAAAGACCAGGUUGGAGAGGAAAACUGGCAGCAGUUUUCUGAGCAGUUCCCUCCCAUUUUGAAAGAGCGCCUGUCUGCCUGCUAUGGAGUCUAACCCAAUUUUCUCCUUGGUCCAAACAGGACACGGGCUUGUUAGGUUACUGUAAAGGAGGCUAACUGGGAAGUCAUGGCACUGCUGAGAUCGUGGGGAGGAACGAGAGCUGGAGGGAUGUGACUGACCCUCUAACCAGUGGAUGACCCACCUUUCCCCUUUACCAUGUGUUUCUCUGAGGGAGGGUGGUGGGUGUGGGUGGGCAAACUGGGGAUAUACAUAUACCUCUUGGAUUAAACGCUUCACUAAAUCCAAACACACUCAAAAGUGACUUUCACCAACAUCACUGCAGGGAUCCUAGAUGGGUGAAGGCAAAUAGGGUCUGGCUUUGACCUUUCCAGCCUCCGUUUGAUUAUAUUGUUGAGGUAGAUGACAGCUGGGAGGCGGUGGUAGAUAAGUACAUAAUAAGGAUUUAUCUGAACCACCAUGGGGGUUCCACAGUCCUUAGUACCACAAUGCACAUAGUCGGUAGAAACUCACAGAUGUAACUGCUUUUUAACAGGACUGUGCCAGAGAUUAAACCAAAAAACAUGCUUUUACUAUGUAAUAAUGCAGGAAAUGUGCACAUUUUGUCCCCUUUUAUGGCAAAAUAGCAUAAACCAUUGAGGGGGUGCAUUGUCAUGGGUCUUAUUCUCUUUUCAGGUGUACAUUCAGCUGAUUUUACUUCCCCCUCCUUGAUUGCUUUCUUUUGGAUUAGAUUUCUCCCUCAUUUGAGGCUUAAAAGAUGCAAUAGGUUUGCCCUCCAAGGUUUUACCAGCAAAUUAUUUUUUGCUUGACAUUUGUCCCAAGUGAUGCAAGUUUGAGUGAAUGCCAGUGUUUUUUCCUCUUUGUUGCACCGACACCAGAGAAGGGAAGAUGCUGUAAUCGGGGCGUUCUUGUCAGUAGUUCUCUUGUCCACCUUUUUUAUAUCGGUAAUUCAUGACCCCUAUAUGUAAAUGCAGGCUCUGCCAAGCCACGUAAGGUGCGGCAACAUAGAAAUAAGGCCCAUGGUACAUGGUUUGAAAAGUUUGUUGUUGCAGCAUUAGUAAUAUUACUGUCUGUAAAGGUUGAAAAUCCUUAUUGCUGUUGCUGCUGCUACGUCAUACUUAACAGACUUAAUAAGAGCGAUAAGACAUAUUUGAGAGUGAAAUACUGAUACAAAUGCACUUUUCCUUUUUUGAUUUCCCAGUGUUGGGCGUAAUGAUAUGCUGAUUUUGAGAUCUAUUUCUUUGAUAAGUGAUUUUACGACUGUUAAUGACUUGCCAAUGCAAGUGUAAUGAUAAUAUUAAGCGAUGGUAAAAUGACCAGGUGAGACUUGAGCCAAAACGUAGGAAUGUGAUGUAGCGCCUAAUAAAAUGGAUUGAAUAGGAGUUUGGGGGGGUACAUCUUAUCUAUAGUACUUUGGAUUUAUUACUGCUUGAGGAUGUCCCUGUUUUUAUCAUAACUAUUCAUUGAGUAAUACCUGUUUGAGACAUCCAAAAGACAGCCAAGCCGGCAUUUACAUUGCAUGCUUUUUAGUGAGUCCUUAGUUUCUUUUUUGUUUUUUUUUUAGCCCACCUGUUCUCUUUGGAGGUAGUAACCUUAUGCAGGUUUGCCAAUGGCAACACAGUCUGCUGCUACAAAAAGAAGGUAGUUCAACUUAUAAGUCUUAAGACAUCUCCCCUGAUGGCAGUGAGCUCGUGUGAGAGAAUGAUGGUCUUCAUCCAGCUUUAUUUUUUUAGUCAUUGUCCACAGUGGACGCGUUGUAAAAGUGCGUAUGGCUGUUGGCCUCUUGGUGUUUUACUAAAACGGUGUGUGUGCGUGGCACCAGCCCCACUCAUACUUGGGUUUAUGUGGCCAGUUAAAAGUCAACGUUGACCUGCCACCUAAUGGCAAUCUUGCAGAUGCAGGAUGAAGUCUAAAGGACUUGAAAGUUAGGAAAAUAUCAAGUCUAUAUUAAUCUAUCCUCUUUUAAAAAAAAAAAAAAAUAACCCAAAACAAAACAUUGGCUCACAUCUGUUAUAUAUGUAUAUAUUCAGCAUCAAUGUAGAUUUUGCCAGAAACCAAAUGUGAAGCACCAUUGGCAGAAUUUGUAUUCCUGACCUUUUUUAUAGUGUUUUUUUUUUUUUUAAAGCUGGAAUGUCCCACAGGCUGAAUAUGUACAGCAUCAUCUUCAGGUUUAACUGGAAGUUGAGAGUUGCAAUGCGAUAAGGGGGAUUGAUUGAAGCAUUAAUUUCAAGAAUGCUUCAGGGGAAUGAUGUUCCUGUGUCACGAAGUAUUGAUUUAAAAAGAAAAAAAAAGUUUUUGCCACUCUUCACCAUGUUAAACACUAGGCUGUUAACGGAAGUCAAUUAAAAUGUGCAUUGUCCACAAUGACUUUUAAAUUUGUUUUUUUAUUAUUUCCAUGCGCAUGGUCAAGUUUUAUUUAUUUAUUUUGGUUUUUUUAUUAUGUGCUUCAGUGCACAAAUUGUUUUGGACUUUAAAAGUUUUUUUUGUUUUGUUCUUUUUAUUUAAAGAAUUUUGUUUUCGUUGUUUUAUAGCGGACCAUUUGAUUAUAUCAAAUUUGAUGUGGUUGGACUGAAGGGAGGUUGUUGGUUGCAUACUUGGGGGAAGAAUGUGGAAAACAAUUUACUUGUUUCAAUCUCUUAACAAGGCUGGCAAUUGAUUUUGAUGUAGUACCUUUUUUUUUUUUUUUUUUGAUGAACUGUGGUGCCAGUCAAACAUCCCUAUAUUUAAUUUUUGUGAAUAGGGCAAAAAUAAACAUUUUCUAUUA